AUGGCAGCCGAAAAAACAAACGAGAGCGGCCCAACGACCGGACUGGCUGAUCAGCAUGUCAACCAAGGGGCCGAGAAGGGCCAGAUUGCCAUCGACAACACCUCAGACUCGGGAUCGGCUUCCGAUAAUGAGCACAAUACUGGGGGUCUCGCUGGUGUUGAGAGGAUCGAGGCCACGACGAGAGCUUGGACGAAGCCAUGGCUCAUCUUGACCUACAUCUUUAUCUGGAUCAUAUUCUUCACCGACUCGCUGCAGCAGCAGAUAUCGGCAUCACUGCUGCCCUUUGUAACCAGUGAUUUCGGCCUCCAUGGCCUGAUAGCAACCACGAGCAUCAUUUCUGUCAUCGUGUCUGGAGUCGUCAAGCUGCCUCUAGCUCGUGUAUUGGAUGUGAUCGGCAGAAAUGAAGGUUUCAUCAUUAUGCUAAACAUACAGACCUAUGCUGCCGGACAAGUCUUUUUCUGGACCGGUAUGAACGGGAUCGGCUAUGUUCUGCAGAUCUUCAUUGCCGAUACCACGAAACUCAAGAAUCGUAUGAUUAUGUUUGGCUUCACAACCACCCCUUACAUAUCCAACACCUUCGCUGGUCCUGCUGCGGCUCAAGAGAUCCUGAGGGGAACCACUUGGAGAUGGGGCUUCGGCGCGUUUUGCAUCAUUAUCCCUGCCGUCUGCGCGCCCGUAAUAACCAUCUUUGCGUUCAACCUGAGGAAAGCGAAGAAACUAGGCUUGGUCAAGGAGAAAAGCCACUCAGAGAGAACCAGGACACGAUGGCAAUCGGCCAAGCACUGGUUCAUCGAACUUGAUGUAUUUGGCGUGCUUCUUUGCGUGGCAGGAUUUUCUCUGUUACUACUGCCUUUCAGCUUGGCCACCUACCAAGCAGAGAAGUGGAGAUCGGGGACGGUCAUCUCCAUGCUCAUCAUUGGCGUGCUCUGCCUGAUCGCAUUCCCCCUAUACGAGAAGUACAUCGCUCCUAAGACAUUCAUCCCAUUCGCAUUAUUCAAGAACAGGAAUGUCCUAGCAGCGGCCCUCCUAGGCGGAAAUACAUGGAUUUCGUUCUACUGCUACAAGCUUUACUUCUCCUCUUACUUGCAGGUCGUCUACAACCUCAGCGUCUCGAAAGCCGGUUACAUCGUCAACAUCUUCAAUAUUGUCUCCUGCGCUUGGGCUAUACCUGUCGGACUUCUUAUCCGGUACACAGACCGUUUCAAGUGGCUAGCUCUUAUAUCCGUCCCCCUCUGGAUCCUCUUCACUGGCCUCAUGGUCAAGUUUCGUAUGCCAGGCACGAACAUCGCUUAUGUCGUCAUGUGCGAAGUCUUCACAUCCCUUGCAGGUGGCACACUUGCACAAGUGGAACAGAUCGCAGCCAUGUCGGCCGUUCCUCAUCGCGAUGUCGCCGUCUCGCUGGCAAUAGUGGGGCUCGUCACCUCGGUCGGCGGCGCCAUCGGUCAGAGCAUCAGCGGGGCCAUCUGGACGAAUACAUUGCCUGGAUUGCUGAGAGCUUACUUGCCCGAGGAGCUGAAAGAGGACUGGGCUACGAUCUACGGAGAUGUCACUGUACAGCUCGGCUAUGAGUGGGGAAGCCCAGCCAGAGAAGCAAUUGUGAGGGCUUAUGGCGAGACGCAGAAGUACAUGCUUAUCGCCUCGCUUGUUUCGGCUGCAGGUUCUGUUGUUUGGGUGACCAUUCUGAAGAAUGAGCGUCUGAGCGAUAAGCAGCAAACCAAGGGCGUGUUGUUCUAA